GUAGCCGCAGUUCCAUCAAGCGUGCCAGGGAACGGGCACUGCCGCAGCAGCAAUCGCCAAGCGCAUGAGUUCAUCUCUCAGUUUGUCUGGCCAAAGCAGCGGAAGACCACUGGCGUGACUGGGCAGCAUGCGUUCGACAAGCGCUCUGCCGGCUCGGGUGAACUGAAGUGCAGUGCCAGCGAGGGAUUGAGCUUGUACCCAGUCAUCAGGUACAUGCUCAUGCAAUGCGUGCCCGACUACAAGACGCACGCGGUAGGCCCCGCGAUUGAGAGUUUUUUUGCUCUCUGUAGGGCGCUGGACUUGUUGCAGCUGGCUAUCUGCGACGGCACAUCCCCUGACGAAUUGGAGGCAGCAAUCAAGGCGCAUCUUCAAUGGCGUUUGGCUGUAUACGGGCUUGGGGAGUUCCCGCCGAAAUGCCAUUAUGCCCUCCAUUUGGGUGAGUGCUGGCGCCGUCACGGCCGACUGCUGAGCUGCUUUGUGCAUGAGCGCAAGCACAAGCAGAUCAAGAAGUUCGCGAGCGACAGCCACAAUGCCAACGCGUCCACCUCCUUUGAGAGAGGCUUGUUGCUCGAAGUGGUCCUGUUGCAAAGAACUCAGCUGCAGAAGGACAAGCCGCCAGGGAUGAGCCUUGUGUUGAGCUCCCCCAAGCCUGCCUCCGAUGCAAUCGCUGCUCAUAUCCGACGCUUCCUUCAACUUCCGCCGAUUGUUGCUCUUGAUGUUCAGGCAUCCUUGGACGCGUGGUUGACCCCGUAUGCACUGUGCUGCGCCCACGAUAUGGUGGCAACCAAGGACCAAGAGGUUGGCCAAGUCUGGUUUCACGUGGAAGCAAUCGGGGCUUUGUACACAUGUUGGUCACCGUGCCAGCGUGGUAGUACCCCCGACACCGUCCUCCUGUGCGACAAUCCCGGUUUCAUUCCAACCUCACAGAUUGAAAGGUGCUUGGUGUAUAGGGUCCUGGAAGAUGGAGCCACGGUGCUUUUGGUGCCCUGA